AUGUUCUCUCAGCAUCUACGUCUCAGUAUGAACGAUUAUAAUUCAUUGUUAAAUACGCUCGGAAAUUACAAAGAAAUUAAUAACAACGACGACGAAAGCUUCUAUGAUAAUUUGUACUACGUGCUCGGAUGUGUUCCAGAAAGUACGCCAGAACAAAUAUCGACAGAAUACAAGAAACGUGUUUUAACUUGUCAUCCGGAUAGGCUUAAACUCAAUGAAGACAAAUCAGCAGAAUUUCACAAAUUGCUAACAGCGUACAAAAUCCUGAGCGAUCCAACCGAGCGCGUGCAGUAUGAUAAAUGGCGUAAUUCCUCAAUUAAAGUCCCAUAUUUGAUGUGGAAAGGUCUUGGGGCACACGCGCAGGCGGUCCAUUGGCGAGUACCUCGUGAGCAUUUGGCAAUUGAUAAUGAGUGUCACGCUUAUAAAGAGGGCAGUCUCAAUCAGAGGAUCGUAACGUCCACCCCAAUGACAGCAGUGUAUGAAAAGCCGGAAGCAUCGUUUUGGAAAAACUCUGAUACUGACGAUCUUUAUGAAAAGUUUAGAAAUUAUGAAAUCUAA